AUGUCGUCUCCCUUCAUCGUCAAGGAGCACAAGGUGCCCGGCCAGCAUAUCCGCGAAUACCCCCACGCGCUGGCCAACUCCCAGAAUGACGUGCUGUACCUGGCCGUGAAGGAGUAUAUUCCCAGGGAUAACCAGAAUCCUCAGCCGGGCGAUGUGACGAUUCUGGGUGCGCAUGCAAAUGGGUUUCCCAAGGAAUUGUAUGAGCCGCUUUGGGAGGAUCUGUACCGCGAGUCAAAGAGCCAUGGAUUCCGGAUACGGAGCAUCAUCAUUGCUGAUGCGGCGUGGCAAGGCCAGUCCGGCAUCAUGAACGCGGACGUCGUCGGCAACGAUCCAAGCUGGCUCGACUACACCCGCGACAUCCUCCAAGUAGUCAACCACCUCCGUCCCCCAACCCCCAUAAUCGGCGUCGCCCACUCCUUCGGCGGCGCCGCCAUCACCAACCUCGCCCACUUCAACCCGCGCCUCCUCACCUCCCUCAUCCUCCUCGACCCCGUCAUCUCCCCCUACGCCUCCACCCCGGGCUCCCUCGAGUCCAGCCCCGCCGCCCACUCCCUCCGCCGCCGCGAAACGUGGCCCUCGCGCGAGGAGGCGGCCAAAUCUUUCGCCAAGUCGCCGUUUUACAAGUCUUGGGAUCCGCGGGUGCUGAACGCCUGGGUCACGCACGGACUCACAGACGUCGACUCGAGCGGGGCGAGCAAAGAAGUGACCCUCACCACGACGAAGCACCAAGAGGUCUUUACGUUUUUGAGACCCACGUGGAAGGCCUUUGAUGAACGUGGCGAACGGCUCGUGGAUAAGACGCUCGCCCCCGAUCUCGAUCUGGAGAAUAAUUUCCCCGUCUACCCCUUCUGCAGACCCGAGCCCUCCCUCACCCUCUCCCGCAUGCGCAACAUCCGCCCCUCCGUCUUCUACGUCCUCGGCGAAAAAUCAAACCUCUCCCACCCUCCCUCCAUCGCCUCCCGUCUCCGCCAGACCGGCGCCGGAACCGGAGGAAGCGGCGGGAUCCAGUUCGGUCGCGUGAAGCAGGUCAUGCUUCCUGGCUUGGGGCAUCUCGUCGCUAUGGAGGCGCCGGGGGAGUGUGCGCGGCUUGGGGCGGAGUGGAUUGAGAAGGAGGUGACGAGGUGGAGGGAGGGGGAGGCGAGAGAGUUUGAGGAGUGGAGGGGAAAGAGGAAGGAGGAGAAGACGAUGUUGACGGAGGAGUGGGCGAAGUAUCUUAAGGUUCAGCAGAGGGCGCCCAAGGCUAAGAUCUGA